GCACCUCUUCAGCGCUCAGGUUAAUUGGUAGUUGGGAACGCAACUAAAAGGAGUGAUAAAAAAAAUGCGUGAGCCCGGAACUCGCAGCAGCUCUACGAGCGCCGCGACCGCUCAGAGCCCACUUGCGAUCGUGCGCGAUGCCAAAGCGUUCGCGGCCACCGGGAACUCGUCAACCUCCGCCCACGUGAACCCUGUGGCGCUUGGAAACAACACCGUUGCGCUCGGCGCUACAAAACGGCACUAUGCAGUGCCGCGCUUUCAGGCGCACCGCAACAAUUUGAACCGAAGCAAACUGCGUCCGAUCUCCGGCGAGAACGUCAAGCGGCGCACCGCUUCGGUUGGCAGUGCGGGGAACCACCCCAGUCCUGCGAAGACGGAACCAUGCAAGAGUCCCGCGGGACGCUUCUACCAGCUUCGUAAAAAGCAGGGACAUGAUUUGUCGGGCCAGAAUUCCUCUUCAGCGCACCUGGAGAAUCACCAUGCAGGCACAGGUCCGGGGAGCGGCAGCAGCAGUUGCACCACAGCGACGAGCGGUGCCAGCAAGCACCAGCAGCGCGUUUUCCCAAGCAAACGGCCCUCCUUUUUUUCCAAUGCUACUACAGCACAAGUGCCGACCACUUCGCUUCUUCCGCCCGGGGCGGGGGACACCAGUAAAUUCGGAGCCAGUGGAGGACCGUCCGCUCCCUCUACCUCGCGAAUAGCUCCGGUGGCUCUGCCGCCAGCGAAGAACCUGUAUGCGCACGAUUUUGGUGGUCCACAUAGUACCGCACCCACAGCGAACCUCCGCGGCCACGCAUCUGCUUCUGGAUCGAGUAGUUCUUUGGGCGGGCUUCGUGAGCAGGGCAAUAAACAACUGGGGCGUAGUUCCGCUGAUUCAUUGACGGCAACACAGUUUCAUGCCGAUCUCGACGAAGGAGAUGAUUUCAGCAUCCCGCACUUUCAUUCCGGCGCAACACCAGAGCCUGUGCGAUCGGAAAGUGCGACCCAGAUGCGAACCUACCUGGGUACUCGUUUUCACGACCGCACACAGUUCCACUACGCGACCGAAUUCCACAGAGCAUCUCAAGAUUUCCAUCGCGAGAAGCGCGGCACGAGGACGGGUGAAGAUGAAGCCGAAGGACAAGAAGAAUUGCGCCACCACAGUCACAGUGGCAGUCCGUACAAGAUGAACAGAAAUAAGCUCCACCACCCUGAGCAGGCGGGCCAGAACCAUGAGAGGCACUCGUCGUCUGGCCGCGGUCAACUACAUCACGGACCACAAUCACGCCAUGUUCUACAAAGCAGGUCACCACUUCCACCGUCGUGGCGUACGGAAAAAGAAGACGAAAACAGCUUUGCUUCCGGUUCCAUGACGGAAUCAGUGCAGCUUCUGGCAACCAGCCAGCUCGUUGCUGCUGCGCAGCGCGUUGACAUCCUUCCCCCCGCAAGAGCGGAGCGAGGUGUAGGUGUACACGAAGAUCAUACUAGAAGGCAAGCAGGAGCAGAGCUCGGGACCACGACAGGAACAAGUGCGUCAAGGAUGAAGAUGAACCUAGUGCACAACAACUCUCACGACCCAUUUUUCGAGGAGCUGCAACACAGUCUGACUUUCGGGCGGUCUCCGGAGCCAAAGAAUGAAACCGAGCUGCGCACGACCUCCACCUUCCUGCUCGGCAGUCGAGAAUUCCCCGAGGGCACGCUAACAGACGGAUUCAACAGUGGGGCUGGCCACAGCACUACGGAUCAUAAUGCAUUUUCAAAUACGGCGACCAGCACCAGCAUGCUAACACAGCGAGACAACUCGUCUUUUCAUCUUCAUCAUCCGGAAGUAAUCUCUACUGCUGGUGAAAGUGGUGAAACAAAGAACAAACCCUUUGAUAAAGGUCGUAGCCCAGAAAUACUAAACCCUUUCCACCAGUCACAGUCUGCAGCACCGCACCCCGGGUAUGUAACUGCGUCGACGCUGUGCAGCAGCUUCCAUCAUACCACUACGGCGACCUCUUUCGGGGUGCGCAGCGCCGCAGCAACCGGGGUAGAUUUCAGCGUCACCCAGCGCGAAGACGCGAGUAGGGCCAGUCCGGCGGGCAGCAGCUGCAGCAGCUCCUCGACGCACUACGCUGCUUUUGGUGCAACAGGCGGACUACAACAUUCUCACACCACAGGAGCAUCAUUCUUCAAAUCCCCAGAACUUGAAGACGAGUCUCAUUUUCGGGCGCCAGAAUCGCUCUCCGCCGCGGAGGGAAAAGCAAGAGCAGUUGAUGCAGUGGAACUUUCAGCAAGCGAAGGUACACCAGGAGCGGGACAGGUGACACAACAGCGAAUAGUAAAUCCACAUCAGUACGAUACAAGUCGGCUUGUGGAGCGGCAUGACGAUUCCAGUAUGACUUUCGGUCCCAAAAAUGGCACUAAACCGAGCAAGAGAAACUACCACAGGACCCGUGCCGUCAAACACGGGAGCAGUGUUGCGAUGAAAAACAGCGGAGGUAAAAAUGGUGCAGACCAAGACGACGGAUUUUCCUCUGUCUUUGCACCACUAGAAGUCAUCCCGGAUGACGUCGUCUGCCCGGAUCGAUCGCCUGAGCCGUGUACAGUGGCGGUGGACGAACAAGAGAAGCAAGAAAAAAGUAGUGCACUCGUUGACCACAACUCGGCUCCUGAUCAUGAAGGUGCGAAUGACGAACCAAUCCACCAGAGCCAGCGCAAGCGGGUCCGCUCGACGCAGACGUUCCUCACCUACACGACGUCUCCCAUCGACGAGGAGAAGCAGAGCGGUAUACGGCCGUUGGAAGGACCAGGGGAUGUCGACUCGGAGCUGGUGCACCACACCAACGACGACGACAGGCAGGAUGCGCCACUAGGCACCAGUCGUCAGAGAAUGCAUGCGCAAGAUCAAGGGGGCGAGGCGGGGAAAAGUGCCCACCUGCCGGGACAAACAGUGCCGGACUUGGAGAGUAACAAGAGCUCCAGUUUCCACGAAGAGGACAACAUCAACCCGCUGGACUCGAGCUGGGGCAAGUCGAACGCCUCUUCCGACGUGGAGAACGCAUCCAGCACCGGGCGACCCGCCCGCAGCAACUGCGGCCCCGAUAAUGUGCCUGACAAGGUCGAUUCCGACCCGGUGCUCAUCGGGAGCAACGUCGCAAGUGGGACCUCGAGUACAUCAUCUUCAUCAAGCUCCUCCUCGAAGCUUUCCAACCAGAAUUCUGCUUCGUUCUCUGCGAUUCCUGCGUCCGCGCAUGUCAAUGGCCAUCUUCAAGGACGAAAUAGGGAUUGUGCGACAUCAGAACCCGUCACGGACGACGGUAAAUCUCUACAACUACUCUCCGCAGGACCGACAACGCAGGCACAGGGUGUGGGAACGUCGACAAAGAACAUGGAGGCAGUACAGUGGAACGGAAAGGAAAACUUUGAGGAUGUCGUUACCACCCUGACUACCAGCAGUCGGCCCCCGAGUUUGCCGGUGGCGUUGAGCAUUUGCACCGCGGAGGAGGACCUGGUGCGAGCCCGCGACUUUGAGAAGCCGGCGGAACUGGACCACUCGCCCACGUCGCGACCGCGCCUGAUCAGCCCGUCGAAGCAGCACUUCGAGAAGAAGCUGCUGAAGAUGAACCACGACUUGUCGGCGUCGUCGUCGCCGGAAUCCAGCUCCCCUGCCCCCUCGGACGCCGACCACACGACCGCCGGACUGCUGCUGCGCGGAACGCUGUCCUCCCGGGGGGCCGUGGAGCUCUACCCGAGCGACAUGCUCGCGCGCAUCGACGACAUCAACCUGGCGCCGCAGCCCUGCGGCAUCUUUCGCGACAUCGUCGUGGCACCCGACGAUCACACGCGGCAGGGCGGAAAUGCGUCUGACGAGAUGAACAAGAUAAACCGGACCCGGCGCGACGAAGUAGACACCAAACAAAAGACCGGGGCGACCUGCCAAGAAGUAGAUUCAAGCUCUGCUGCGUCUUCCUCGUGCUCAAGUCCGUCAAGUAGUGCCGCAUCGUCCUCCGCUUCGUCUGCGUCGAGCUCAAGUGCAAGCGCAACCACGGAAGCAGGAGGUGCACCAGGGUUAAAUGUUGCUUCCGUGUUGCCCACGUCGUCCAGGAGUGCUUCUGCUGCGCAUUCUAGUCGUGGCGGAUCGUCAAGUUCUGCCUCUACCUCUUCGUCAUCGUCUGUCACAGAGCAGGAAAGAACAGGACUAAAAGCCGUAGAGGAGGAACACCAAGCAGGUAGCGACGCGCUUUUUCCGCCCGCCGCUGCCUUCCAGCAAUGGCCAGCAUCCCGGGACGAAAGUACACACGAGAUAAAACUGCACCCGCGGCGGCCACCGCUGCUGGGCGAAUUUGCCGACGAGGCCGGGAGCAGGCAUAACCCAACCUUUCAUGGCGAAGGGCGGACCACAAGAAGCGCCCGUGAUGUGGAGGACCACAGUCAAGCCGUUGGAGAGGACGACGACCCAACUAGACAAAUAUCGGAGGCCAUUGAAGUUGACGUAUCACACGCCUUCGGCGCCUUUCCUCCGUCCUCGGCUGGCGCUCUCGGUGCUACUAAAAAUCCACUUGAAGAGCGCUCUGGUGACGAAAGCCACGGAAGAAACGCAGGAUCUGGACGGGCCGAACGAGGAGAAGAACAUUCUGCGUCUGAUGGUCGUCCGGACCGCUGGUUGGACGAUGGUGAGAAAAGUGUCACGCCGUGUGAACAAACCCCAGCUCCCCAACCAACACUCCAGCCGGCCUUUUCCGGCACCGCGACGGCCUCCAGUGGUUUUCGCCUGACGGCAACCUCAAACCUGGGAGGGACCAUGCGGUCCACCGGCGGCCUGCGGCGGCGGAACAAGCUGAUUUCCGGGUCGCUUUACCGCUGGAUCAAGGGCGACCCCGUGGGCUGCGGCAGUCUGGGCACGGUCUUCAAGGCCUUGGACACCGAGACGGGCAAACUGCUGGCGGUGAAGGAGGUGUCCCUGCACGACGCGACGGACCUGGUCAAGAAGAACCUCGACGGGGAGCUGAACAGCUACCGCUCGCUGCGCCACGACGCGAUCAUUCAGUACCUGGGGCACGAAACCAUGACCCUGGACGGGCAGGACGUGCUGUUUAUCUACCUGGAGUUCAUGCCCGGUGGCUCGCUCUCCGCCGUGAUCCACACCUUUGGGCCCCUGGACGAGUCUCUGGUGCGUGUGUACUGCCGCCAGCUGCUACGGGGCCUCGCCUACCUCCACGAACGGAACUUCAUCCACCGCGACAUCAAGGGCGCGAACAUCCUGGUCGGGCUCAACUGCUGCGUGAAAUUGUCCGACUUUGGUUGCGCCAAGCAAAUCAUGUCCCGAUCGGGCGACCAGAUGUGCGCGCAGACGAUGACCGGGUCGAUUCCCUGGAUGAGCCCCGACGUGAUGAAGGGAACGCCCUACGACACGAAGGCGGACAUCUGGUCGCUGGGCUGCCUCCUCAUUGAGAUGGCGAGCGGCCGGGCGCCCUGGUCCGAGCUCUGCUUUGACAACAACAUUGCCAUGCUGAUGCGCAUCGCGAUGACAGACGACGUUCCCGAGAUUCCGGCCCACCUCUCCGCGACUGCGAGAAACUUCGUGGCAAGGUGUCUCACGCGGGACCCGCAAAAGCGGCCAACCGCCAAGGAGCUGCUUCUGCACGACUUUGUGCAGAAGACGGACGAAGUAGUGGCGGAUGCCGGCGGGGAAGAAAACACUUGAACGCGGCGCGUCCUCGAUUGAUGCAUUUUUACAGCGGUGUGUCAACAAACUCCUCUUGAAAACGUACAUUUGGUUUUAAUUAUUUUGAAUAGUGGUCAAGAACGGUACUACGUAAUUGCAGCUCCAGCUCGUGCACUUGCUGCACUGGUCAGGAGCUCUGUCGUCCUCGAGGUAUCUAUCAUUGGCCUAGAAAUUCGUCGCUGCGCUAGCGCACAUAUUUCUUUUCCUAUAUUCAGCGUUUGUUUUCCCUGUCCUACUUCGUUGCUGUUGAUGUGAGCUGCACAGAAACCAAAAUGGCCCCCGCAGAGCCUGCGUCACUGCCGCUUGCCGGACAACCGCAGGAGUGCUCUGUUUUGUGCUUUUCUGGUAUACAGAACUUGGAUUAACGCAAAAGAGAAAAACAAAAGAAACAGGAAAAAUAGAAG